CCUGCAUUUGAAGAGUUCCCUUAACAAUGAGAGUCGCGAUAAUAUCCUGGAUUGCUUUGGCCACGCUAAUGUGCAUCGCUGAGGCUCAAGUCCCGGGUCAACCCGAGGCCAUGGGUGCCGCCCAAGGGGGCGUUGGCGCGGCGGCGGGGGGCGGUGGACAAAUUGGAGCACAAGGCGGCGGAGCGGCCGAUGCCGCCCAGGACGGACCCGAAGCCGGGAUGGCCGCGGGCAUUGGAGCGGGCGCCGAGGUGGGCGCCAAUGCCCAAGCCGGAGGAGCCGGCCGAAGACGCUAAAGGGCGGCACUUCUAUUUGAAAUACCGCUUGCUUCUCUGUUUGUUCGGGUCCCUCGCACUUGUGCACUGAAAAAUAUUCUUAGAACCAAAAAAAGUGUCAAAUAUCACCGUACAGUAUCCAUAAACAAUUUGUUUUUGAUUAAAUAAUGUCAAUUUUCGUUUAUCGCACUCUGAUGGCGCCCGCUUUUUUCGAGCUCAGUGUCAUUGUUGAUUUGAAAUGGCGCCCACCCCCUUUUAACUCUCCACCCAUGCACUGAAAUCGGCUCACUUCAAAUGAAAACCACACAGUCCAAAAUACGAAUCGUUUUGGCAGUUUAAAUUCCAUUUAAUCCCGUUUUUAUGAAACACACUCAAAAAGUAUCGAUUGUACCCGCCGACAGGUGUAUUUAUAAGCCUUGGGGGCCAAAAUAGAAA